AUGUAUGCCAGGCGCGUCGCAGGCGUGGCCGAGCCCAACUACCACUACCGCUACGCCGUGGCCUCGCGCAAGACGGGUGACGUGAAGGGCGCUUGGGAGAAGCGUUCGGGCGAGGACGUGUGGGGCGCGUACUUUUUGCGGGACCCGGACGGCCACUGGCGCACCGUGCACUACGAGGCGGACAGCAGCGGCUUCUACGCUACAGUGCAGCGCCGGCCUCUCUACGGCCACAACAAGGGCAAACUGCAGCCGGGGGAGAUGACGGAUGCGGACCAGCACCAGGAUCUGGAGCACCAGGGCGGCGCUCUGGAGCUGGACGAGGCGGCGUGGCAGGACGCGCUGUUGGCGGCGAAGGAGAGCGCCUCCGAGGACAACCACCCGGCCUUGCAGAAGGCGAAAAAGACGCUUCCUGCGGACGAAACCCUGGCCGAGCCAUACCAGCUGGAAGAGUCGGCCUCCGAAAGGUCCUACACCUCGACCAGGACGCCGUCUUCAGGUUCAGACCGACCGCCUGUCGACAAGCGGUCGUACAGCACCCGGCCCCGGCCCGCCUCCUACACGCAGACAUCUACGACGCUGAGGCCGACCUCGUACAGCACCCCGCCGUCUUCGUACUACGCCGGGGAGUCUCACCAAAACCACCAGGGCGACGAGGAUGCCCCGUAUGACAGCGGCUCGGCUGCGACACACGCUCGGCAGCCCUACGGCGAGGGCGCGUCCUCGUACAGCGGCUUACCUCCUUCUUCGUCGUACUCUGCGCCCCAGUAUGAAGAGGGCGCACCCUCGUACAGCAGUUCCUCGGGGCGUCCACGGGGCGAGGACGACAGGUCGUACGACGAAUCCUCGUCGAAUUACUCCGAGCAGCCGUCCGGGGAGGGGUCCUCUAAUGCCGGAUCGUCAUCCCCCUACUCCGAGCGACCCUCUGAUGAGGAAUCGGAUUCGGAUGAGAGGCAGUACGACAGGCAGGUGGAGGAGAGGCCUACCCAGUCCGAGCAGUACCGGGUGUCCGAGGAUCUGCGCCAUCAGGACGACGAUGGUGGGGAUCGGGAUCGUCCCAACGCGUAUGGCCACAGCGUCGACGACAGGGAGCAGCAAGGAAACCAGGAAGACGAGGAUCGAGGCGAGGCCGACGACAAGGAGAACGAACACAACCCGGACGACGACCACGAGCUCGUGCCCGAGCAGGCCCUGCAGGGCAGCGGACACGCUCAGACCCAGGGGCACCCGCUCCAGUUCCACAGGCCGGUCUACGCGCCCGAGUCACAGCAGCAGCAGCAGAUCUACCAGCAGCAGCAGCUCGCCCAGCUGCACUCUGCGCACAUGCAGCAGGCCGCUGAGCUUCGCGUGCCCGUCGGGCCCCCACAGCAGCCCAUCCUGGUGCACGGUCCCCAGCACGGCCCGGCCCGCGGCCCGGCCCAGGCUCAGCACGGCGGGGUGAUGGAGCAGCUCCUGGGCCCGGCCUGGGGCGAGGUGGCCGGCUUCAGCAAGCUCUUUGAGGGCAACGACUGGCCGGGGAUGGACAGGCCGAGCCCGAGCGAGGUGACCGCGCAAGACUCCCAGGACGUCCCGACGUGGGUGAAGAAGGAGCGCGCCAAGGCGCGGCGCACGCAGCAGAGCAAGGCGCUACAGGGCGCGGAGCGGGAGCGGGAGUGGGAGCGCGAGCGGGAGAGGGAGCGCGGCCCGGGCAGGUACGGCACUACCCCGCUGACGGCGGCCCGACUGACGGUGGCACGCCCGUCCACGUUUCAGCCCGCCACGCCCAGCUCGGUUGACCUAGUCGAGGCACCCAGGCCCACCGCCGACUGGGGUCCUCAGUGGUCCUUCGGCUCCAAGUCCAAGGUGCGCGGCAAGGAGGAGGCCUCCCACCAGAAGGCGACGGUGGCUCCCGCCCAGCAGCCGCAGCAGCAGCAGCAACAACAACAGGGCCACAAGCGCGGCGCGGUGAAGGGCCACAACCGAGGCCCCGUGCUGUUCGGCCACGCCCUGCACCUGUCGGCGUCCACCCCCGCCGGCGACCGGCGCGCGCCCCCGAAGGGGUACGUGCCGCAGGCGGCCGCGCCGUGGUUGCACUCCAAGGCCCCCUCGCGCCAGCACCCGCGGGGCCUGUCGUACGCGGGGUGGGUGCCGGUGAGCGCCAGCCUGCAGGUGGGCGCCCAGCCGCUCCUCGCGCCUUCCUUCGGCGAGAAGAAAAGCCAGGCCGAUGCGCUGCUCGGUCGCCCGGGCAGGACUCGGGGGCCGUCGGCCGGCGCCUCUGCGGCCGCCGCGCAGGAGCUCCCGGGGGCAGCGAACAGCGCCUGGAGGCCGUGGAACUGAGGAGCGUGGAGCGUGGAGAAGGUGGGACGAGGAGGCGAAAUGGGUCAUGUUUUGACGCGCAGGUGGGUCACGAACAACGUAAUAAGAUUGAUAGUCUUCGCGCACGCCAAAACAUUCCGCCACACGCCAGACGACUUGCGAACACGACGUCAAUGAUGUUUAUUACCAUGCCAUUUCUACGUUUUAUUGGAUCUUGUUGAGACUCUUAAGGUGGCUUGAGUUUGGUGUUCUGUACUAUCACUACAAACCGACGAGAAGGAAGCUAAUCGGGGACAUGACUGAAUAUUUAAUCCGUUUUAUCGUCGUAUGCAAAUGGCUUUCUCAAUAUGAGUGGCAUGCAAAUGACGUUGACAAUUCCUUUCUUUUUUUCUUUUCACUGAAGUGAACUACAAUGCUUCUCGAUAAAUUGCCAGCUAAGGCUCCGCUACACUAGUACCCUACAUAUGGGAUGGGUGUGAUUAUUUCGUAUGUUAAGCGCACCAGACCGGGACAUGUGAUACCGAGGGGAAAAGGCAAGGGAAAAGAUGACCAAGCCUCGCAUUGCCCGCUUAUUGGGAUAAAGCUGGACGAAUUGUAGUCAAAAUUUGCAUGUUACUCUAGUCCACCUCUCCAUCGCACUAAAAAUGGAGUCGCUUUUUAUCUUUAAGAAACAAAAAAUGACUGAUUAAAAACGAAAUAUGAUGUUAUGAGUGUUAUUGCUGUUGUUGUUAUUGUUGUUUUUAGUAUUAUUAUUGUUUUUGUUAUAAUUAUUUUGUUGCAUCUGACUGAAGAGCAAGUGCCGACAAUUAAUGGGAAAACGAAGGUGCGAUUCGUCACCAUUUACAGGUGCGAAUGCUUUCGUGCGUCUAGAAAGACAAUAAAACUCCCAAGGGUGCUAAAUUUGGCACCUUCCUUUUUGCAGUGAAGGUCGUUGGCCACGCAAAACAUCUAAUCUGAAUAAAUGUUUUCGUUAAAGGAACAGUACAGUUCUAUUUAUUUACCUGUACUGAUUCUUGCAUUCAACAAAAAGAUAAUAAAGUUGUUGUCCGCCGGCUCUUUUCCUUUGCAAAUAAAGGCCAAAAAACAA